AUGCGUAAACAAACAAGUAAUAAAUUCUCUCCAUCAAUAUUCUCAAUUGGUAAAGUAAUGUCUGAUUAUAAUUUAAAUCGGUCUCGUUCUGCUGCUAUUCUUGAUUCGAAAUCUCUUUUUGCAUACCCGAUAUCAAAAACUUAUUCUGUUCCCAAUAUUUCUGAUUAUUCAAUUAAUUAUACUUUAUAUCACGGACUCAAAACUUAUGACAUUGUUCGACCUACAGCAUAUACAACAUAUCGUUCUUAUUUUCCUUACAAGAAUUAUGAGCCUAAUUAUUUGAACAACCUUUAUUGGAAUGACAAGCCAACAUAUUAUUCUAAUUCAUAUAAUCGAGUAUUACAACCUAGACAUUAUACCGACCACAUGAAAAGUCCUUAUUUUCUAAAUCAUUCAUGUACAUAUUAUCCAUUUAAAUAUAAUUACAACGAUUUUUGGUAUGGCUACAAAACACCUUCAUAUUACCGAAAUUAUUAUUAUGUAUCGCCAUAUUAUGAUUAUUAUUCGAACAAUGCAUAUAAUUAUCGUUACAAUUAUCGUUAA